CUGACCAAGAUGGCUGGCCUGCCCUCUGGAUCACUCCUGACUAUGCUCCAACCUACAAAAGGAGGAGAUGGGGAAGAAAAAGCAAGGAGAAAUAAAAUACUUCACCCACCCCUCUCCCAGAGAAGUGCCAGAUCUUUAUUUCACUCUUUUCUCCCAGCUCUUUCUGUCUCAGUGCCCACAAAGUGAUUGGAAAGCACACGACAAUCUUUUUUUGUUGACGUUCGAUGGCGCGUGAUAAUGCGGUCAUUAUCGUGGCUAAAGGAGCAGGUUGAGGCUCAGACAGGGUUUCACUGGGGGCCUUUAAAGCACACACAUACAAAAACACGCACACACUCUCAGUGUGGGAAAAGAAUGCUUCGAAAAGAGGGACAGCUGUUUGGGUGGCUUGUGAAGAUGGCGAUUAGGUUUAGGGGAAGAUGGCCCACUGUAAACUCCACCUGUGCAUACGGCCUUGCCCGAGGCUGUGGGGGAAAGCAGAGCCUCUCAUUUCAUCCAGUCUGCUGAGAGGGCUGACUGGAUACGCCCCAGGGACAGGAUGGGACGGACCUGACCAGCCUCCCAUUCAUCAGCCUUUCCCUCUGAGUGAACUCACAACAUAAGUAAAACAAAACUGCGCUUUGGUGUUUUACAUGCACAGAAAGCUUCCCUUGUGUAUUUUAUUGUGUUUACUAGCACGCAUUAUCUUUCUUGGCCGAUGGCACAAAAUCCCCUUAUGCCAUCAUAGUUGCUUUUUAGUUUAUUAAAUGUUGCCUUUUUAUUGCUAAAUUAAGGGGUAACUUCACCUUAACACAGCUUUAAAUUCAACUGGCAGUGAAUAGGUUUGGGGGAUUUUAGCUGCAAUUUGCCUACUUUGCCUUAUCAUGGAGCCUUGCGCUGUUCGAAGUCCAGUAACGAAAUACAUGGAGCAUCAAAUAUAAAUACACGUGAAACUAAAUGGCAUUACUGCUGCUACAUUUUUAUUAACCUAAUGAGGAAAUGCCUUAAAUCAGUCACGGAACUAUUCACUGCCACUUUUUGUGGCGUUAUGACGUGUAUUUUGACCAAGUGGUGAGAAGGAAGAACGUUUCUGCGCACUCAUCUGUUGCUUCAGUGUCUCCUUUUGAAUUUCAUGCCUUAAACUUUAAACUAUUCUCUCACUCUUACUUUGAAACUAUACUCGCUUACAACGUUUGAAAUUUAUGACGACCCCGAGCACGAAUGUUUGGAGACGAUGACAGCUGAUGUCUGAUUGGCCAGCGGAUGCUUAGCGCCACUUCAAAGCCACGGGGAAGAUACAACUACUACCAAAGCAGUCAGAGAGGAAAACAGACCGAUCACGCAAGCUACCGAGAGCACACACAGACACUGACAGCAGAAGAUAUCACUGCACGGAGUCCAUGGCUGCCACACUGCUUGGGGAGGAGCCACGGUUGGGCAGCACCCCGCUGGCCAUGCUGGCCGAAACCUGCAGCAGGAUUGGGGAGCCCAGCCCCUCGUGCUCCCCUACUGUUUCCGAGGGAGCCCCCGGACCCGUCAAAGGGUUCCAUCCGUGGAGAAGGAGCUCGCAAGUCACCAGCAACUUGGGUACCUGCCUCACAUCGUUUGGGGUUUCUUCUGGGACCUCCAGGAGUAGCAGGACCGGACUGAAUGACGCCUCUAGCGCUUUCACUGUGACAGCUGCUACUUCUUCUUUAGGGAAUGAUUUUUCGAUGUACCAGCCCGCUGUGCCACCGGACAACUGCGUUCCCAAUUCCGCACACGCACAGCGGCCCGUGCUUCUGACCAAAUUUCCCUCCUCGGUAGAAAGCAUAGCCGGGAUAUAUCCAAGGAUGCAUGCACAUCCCUAUGAUCCAUGGUUCAAACCCGUGGGGGAUACUGGUAACGGGCCUCCUGCCUGGUGGGAUAUGGGCAGCAGCUGGGUGGACGCACAGAACACAGUCGGGUUACCCUCUCCUUUGAGCAGCUACACCAGUGACUACAGCUCUAACUUCAGCCCUGGUGCCUCUCAGCACCUGCUCCCCGCGGCGCAACAUCUCUUCGACGGCUUCAGACCACCUGUUCACGCAGCCUAUACAGAGCCUCCGGUCACGGCGGCACCUCCUCUCACAGGUUCCCCAGUCGUUUCUUUGCCCCCAUCCUCCCGCUCCUCCUCACGGCGCUACUCCGGUAGAACCACUUGUGACUGUCCAAACUGCCAAGAGGCGGAGAGCCUCGGCCAAGGGCGCACGAGUCCCCGGCGGAGGGGCUUGCACAGCUGCCACAUCCCAGGUUGUGGUAAAGUUUACGGCAAAACUUCGCACCUGAAGGCCCACCUGCGCUGGCACACCGGGGAGAGGCCGUUUGUCUGCAACUGGCUUUUCUGCGGGAAACGCUUUACGCGCUCUGACGAGCUCCAGCGGCACCUGCGCACACACACCGGGGAGAAGCGAUUCGAGUGCCCCCUCUGCCACAAACGAUUCAUGCGCUCUGACCAUCUCAGCAAGCACGCAAGGACACACAGCCCGGAGGACGGCGGGGAGCCGGGGCUCACGAAGGGCACCAGCGACACGGACAAUAGCGGCAGCCCGAGCCCUGGACUGAGACUGCACAGCACCGAGGGACAGAGAGCGGUGCAAUAAUCCACAGAGCUGAACCCGAUGAAUCCACACGUGGGUUGUUUGCUUUACAGCGUGCCGUGGACUCUAAAGAACUGAAACAGCACUUUAUGGAUCACUCUGCUUAUACCUCAUCUGUUAUUUGUACCUUUCUAUGAAAAAUCUUUUACUCAUCUGUCGUUUAGUUUUUGUUUUCUUUUUUAAUUUCUCUAUUGCCUAAUUUAUUCUCUUUUUUUAAAUAUAAAAAAGGAAGAAAAACGAGCCUUUCAUAAUCCCCUUUUACUUCAUUAUUAUAGUAAUUAAAUAUAUAAAUUAUAAAAAAAGUUUGAGUGACUACAUUUCUAUAAUUUACUCGUGUUUGAAAGUCUGUGUUGCACUGGGAUUAAUAAAUGGGGCAAUUUUCAAUUAAAAACAAACAAAACAACUAUUCACAUGCAAUAAUCUAAGUUUUGUUGUAUAUUACAAUUUGCCUCAGAAACAAAGUCUUAGUUUUCAGUUUGCAGUGAUUAUAUAUAAAACCAUAAAAAACUACAUACAUAACAAUUCUAUUUUUUUUAAUUUAACAAUUUUAUUCUAUUUAAGUAGGCACAUCUGCACCUUUAGAUACAAAGAGUUCUGUAGUCAGUGACGUCAGCUGCUGCUUUAUGGGGGGGAAAAAUCUGCUUUAAGUUUUUUGUUUCAAUGAUGAAAAGACGUUGCUAUUAAAAAAUGCUGUAAAGAGUAGGAGACUUGGAGUGAAUACUCACAGUGAGCUUUAAACACAGUUGUGUAGGUGGAGAUCUCCACCUAGUGUUCAGUUUAUGCAGUCAGCAGCUGCUUGGAUCACAUGGGCUUGGACUGUAAUAUUGAAUGCAGGUCCUGGUUAUGCAGCAAUCUUUUGUUGCACCAAUAAAAUAAAUUAAAAUGUAAAAAUCUUUGGCACAUCUACACAAAUAUAUUUAAACAAACAGAUAUUAAAAACGUGUAGUGAGUUGUAUACAUGCUUCAAUUCUGGUGUAGGUCUUCAAGGACUGUCAUGGUUGAAUAUUAAAAAAGUUUUUGCCUAUUUUUCAUUAAAAAAAAAAUAAUGUACAUGAAAUUUUGGGCCACAGGGCCUAAAUAAAUACAACUAAAUAGAAUAACUAUAAAUUAAUAAAACACAGUUCAAGAAACAGUUUAAAAACUCUUG